UCUUGGGCGCUUAAGUUGUAUUCAAUCCUUCAACGGACUCGCACGGUCGCCUUCGAUCCAUCAUCUGAUAGACGCGGGGUUGCCUUCUUCCCAGACCGUCGUCGCUCCAUAUCCUCAGAUGAGCAAUCCCCCCACACCUGCAUCUCUUUCAUCUCGUGGCCGCGGUCGAGGAUCUGCUCCUCCCACCACUGCAAAUCAUUCAACUUUUAAACGAGACAUCACCGACGGCUUGGCCGCAGAUCCCAUCACAACACUAACGGUACCAGCUGCGGACGAAGAGGCUGUCGCGAUCAAGGAUGUGAGAUACAUCGGGUCAUACAAUUGGACGGAUAGCUCAUCGCCGACGAUCUUGGUGCCAGGCUCUCCCCGGAUCUGGAGGAACAAGCCUACUCCCUUUAUCGUCCCCGCUGAUUCAGGAUACCAGUUCUGCGACCAGAAUGGUUACCGCCUCCCUAAAACUCCGUUGCUACCCAUCCUCGCUGCUGUUGACAAUAUAGCACCCGGGUCCGACCCCUCUUCAACCACGAUCGAUUGGCCCUCUGUCGAUUUCAUCAUCGACAGAAACGGGCUACGCAAGCUCAUGGCGUGGGUCAGCGCAAAGAAGCAGAGUUUUCGGAUCGACCUGCAGCUUGCAGGGGAGAAGACGGUGCUAUGUAACCGGUGGGAGGCAAAGACAAAGAUGAAGAAAUUUGGGUAUGGGUAUGCAUUCGAGGGAGCGGUCACGUGUGCUGCUCCUGGUUGCGAGACGAGUUCAGGCGGGCAUCAUAGGAUCAUCACCUAUGACCUCAGUGGUCUCAAGAUGGUGGUGCGUUUCGAAGUGGACGCGUGCCUUGUCCCAGAAGAUCCAACCCAUGCAUCAGUUGACGAUUUGUCGGCUGAGUUUGCAUCGAAGCUUGCCCUCCCAGCAUCCACGGACAUAGUCGAGGACACGAUUUUGUUGACCGUCAUCAUCGCCGGCAAACCCAUAGCCAACGAAUCUACUGUUGAGCUGGCGACAAGGAAGGCCGGUAAUUCGCUAUUAUGGAGGGAGAAAUUUCUGCAGAUGUAUUUUUCGCAGACACCGGAGCUGUUCAUCGGUACGCACAAGGAUGGCUGUUUUACGGACGUCCAGCGAAGGACGAUGGAAAGCCUGUCCUACGUUGAAGAAAAUGUUCAGAAGAAACUGAGGGAGUUGGGGAAAGCGUUGCAUGAUAUCCAGGCUCUGGUGGCAAAUUCAGGGUCGACAGGACGGUUGAGCUUGAUUGGCAGAGAUAAAGAGCUGUUGGUUUUUGAGAGGCCGACGAGCGACAAUUGCUUGCCGAAUAAGUACUUGAAGAGGUUUCCUUUUCUCCGGCACGACCGCAACCGUCUACCGGCUACAACAUGUCGCCUGACGCCAAAGAGUGAAGAGCAACAGAGAAGCUCUGCAGGAAAUCCUCACAGGCAUGGCGAAUUUCUCGAUACAGAAUUUGAAGGAGUAUUGGACCAUCCAUUGUCCUGGUGUCGACACCCAAUUUCCAGGGGACCCUCAUACGAUGAUCACGAGUGGCAGUCUUGGACCACCAAGAAUCUUGGCAAGAAACGAGGACGAAAGACGAACGGUCCGGCCGCUCCCCUUGAUUCCCAUGACGCGUCAUCGCAAGGCGUCAUCUCAGCUUCACUUGAUGCAGAUGCUGACGGGCGAACCAAAGACAAAACAGAAGUGUUCACAUUACAUGAUGAGAACGCCCAUGUUCGGUACCUUAAUCCUGAUUGUGAAGACAUUCUUGUCGAAAAUCCGGAAGCAUCCGCUGCGUGUAUUUCGACUGUAAUUGAGUGGGAACAACGGCGGGGUAUGCGGGAUGGCAUUUCUUAGCGGCGAUCCAUCUGGAGGGGAAAUUCCAGUGCAACAAGACCUUCAUCAUGCCUGACAGAAGGGGAGGCCAAAAAGUCUAGCCG